AGAACCCCGUCCAAUCAGCUUUCGAGCUCUGAGACGUUGCGGAAUUUUGAACGUCGAAGCCUUGUUUCCAUUUCCUUAUUUUUUCCCCCCACAUUGAACACUUUUUAACUCACAAUUCAUUUUUUUUAUCCACAACAUGGAUCUACAUUUUAAGGACAGAUUACAAACAAACGGCCUUAUCUACAAAAAGGCUUUGGAUCGGAUUAUAGACAAGUAUUCUAAGAUCCAAUGUCAAGCCGCGAUAGAUUUGGACCUUGCUGUCACCAGUAAAAAAGCAUUGGGACGCUUCAUGGAUGAAUCGGAAAAGAAGAUUGAUUCGUUAACUGCAAAGAGCCUGACAUGUUCGAGAGAGGACCGUUUAGGACUGAAUGAGGCUUCCAGGAUCUCCCGACUGGAGCUCACGCAGCAAAAUGGUGAUGAGAGUCACAUAAUAGAUCACCUGAGUUCAGACGAUGAAGAAAGCGUGAAUUCCUACCUGACGAUGAGCUUGCUGGACGACAGCCAGAGGAACCUCUCGGAGAUAGACUCCCUGCCGGAGGACCAGGAUGAAGAGCUGGAGAUGAGCCUGAGGAGCGGAGGAAGCAGACUGUCGGAGCUUUACCCAGCCAUGAUAGACCAAAUAGGGCGGGCCCGACACCGGGAGCACGUUUCCAAGGUGGCGGAAGGGGUGGUCCGGAGGUACCGCAAGUGGCGACGGAUGUCCAAGAACCACAGAGGCACCGCGGCCAGUGAUUUCGUUCAUAGAAGUGUAGAUGCCAGAGAGAAAACCAAUCAGGCCAGCUGGCAGCGCCCGGUGGUGACAGAGCCAAGGCAGAAGCCCGUGGCAGUGCCGGACCCGUCUUACUUGGAAUCUCUCAAACCGAGAAAGAACCUCCUGAACAAGACCUUCAUCGUGGGAGAGCAGCCGCCCUACCGUAGUCUCGGUCCUCCGCGCUUCUUUGACGUGUCCAUCAGGUCCCAAAUGUUGACUCACUCCGCUCCCGAGAGCGUCCACUGCUCCCCACUGAGACAAAGUCCUUUGAAGACGAGGUUGAAGAGCUCCAGCGGGUCCCCUAUGAUCUCCUCCAGAGAACCUGUAAGGUCCGCCUCCCCGCUGAGACAAAGUCCUUUGAAGACGAGGUUGAAGAGCUCCAACGGGUCCCCUAUGACCUCCUCCAGAGAACCUGUAAGGUCCGCCUCCCCGCUGAGACAAAGUCCUUUGAAGACGAGGUUGAAGAGCUCCAGCGGGUCCCCUAUGAUCUCCUCCAGAGAACCUGUAAGGUCCGCCUCCCCGCUGAGACAAAGUCCUUUGAAGACGAGGUUGAAGAGCUCCAACGGGUCCCCUAUGACCUCCUCCAGAGAGCCUGUAAGGUCCGCCUCCCCGCUGAGACAAAGUCCUUUAAAGACGAGGUUGAAGAGCUCCAGCGGCUCCCCUCUGACCUCUUCCAGAGAACCUGUAAGGUCCGCCUUCCCGCUGGGACAAAGUCCUUUGAAGACGAGGUUGAAGAGCUCCAGCGGGUCCCCUCUGACCUCUUCCAGAGAACCUGUAAGGUCCGCCUCCCCGCUACCAAAGUCACCCGUUCGCCAGAAGAUGCUCCACCCCGAGCCCCGCCCGCUUUCCCCGGUGCUUCGGCGUCGGCGUCACCUGAUCUUCGACGCCUCCCCGCCCCCCGGCCAGGUCCCGCACUCCCCGAAGGAGCUGGACAAAGAAUUUGUCCGAUUCUACCACAAGCUGGUGUGCCAGAACCAACCUCACGACGGGCCCCCCUGCCGACUGUGCGCCAGGAGCUCAGAGGCCGCACGGCAACACUCCUCCCGAACGCUGCUGGCGCUGGCGCUCUCACCGCACCGGCUGGUCCUGAGGAAGCGCCACAGGGAGCGAGACCGGGAGAACGAGUCUCAGGCCAAGCGGCGGAGCGCCUACUCCCCGGGGUCCAAACGGCACAACCACCAGGCCCUGAGACGCUGCCUCUGCAUGUCUGAUGACGAGGCUUCCAAUUGGAGCUCGGCGGAACCUUCCAGAUUCGGAAGUCCGCGGAAGAUUAGCAACUACUCAAACUACUAUCAAAGGUAAUCUUUCAGUGUUUUAAUACCGCCACGUGUGUUGUUGUCAUCUGUGCGUAUGCAAGUACAGUACACACUGUAACUGUAUGUCUCUUUUAGGACUGUCAAUUCAUUAAUUCGUUAUUAAACAUUUUAACCAGAAAA